CACACAGACAGAAGAAAAAUUAAAGAAGAUGGAACAAGGAUGGACGAAGGGACCUUGGACUCCUGAGGAAGACAGAUUGCUGUCUCAAUAUGUGGAGGUGCAUGGGGAAGGAAGGUGGACUUCUGUUGCCAUAGGUUCAGGUCUGAAUAGAAAUGGGAAAAGUUGCAGAUUGAGAUGGGUGAAUUAUCUUAGACCUGGUCUCAAGAGAUGUCAUCUCAGCCCUCAAGAGGAAGCCAUUAUCAUUGAACUUCAUGCUCUUUGGGGCAACAGGUGGUCCACCAUUGCGAGAUAUUUACCGGGACGAACAGACAACGAGAUAAAGAACUACUGGAGAACCCAUUUCAAGAAACCAAAAUUGGAGAAGAAGCUGGAGAUGAAGAAGACUAUUACUACUGCAACUUCCCAAAAGCAACCAAAAAGAAAGGCUCACAACAACAACAAAACAGCACAAACAACUUCAAAAUAUGAGGAGAAAUUAUCAGAUGAGCAGAAUCAGAUGAUGAUGAAACCAUGUGGGAGAGAGGACUCAGCCGUGGUAUUUGCAGACCCAGAUGCCAUGGCGGAUCAUCAGUGCUUCUUGUAUGAAGAUUUCACCUCUUGGGCGGCGGUGGCGGCGGCGACGGCUGAAGAUGUCUUGUGGAGCGGCGUUUGGGAUGCUGCAGAUCAAAGUGAUCAAGUUUUGGGAGGGAGCUCUCUUUGUCUUGGAGAAGAUGAUUCAAACAUCUUUUGCAAUGGAGGAUUUUUCUUAUAAGAAACGUGGUUGAAUUUCAUGUUAAGAAGAAUGGUUAUUGUUACUUCUUUUUUUCAAAACUUUUUGGUUUGUGAAAAUUAUUUUAGGGACGCAAAGAAAUGAAUUAGUAUAAAAAAA